CUAAGCGCCUAACUUUUACGCACGUGUGUAUGAGUGAUGUAUAGGUCUUUGUAUUAUCUUGUGUGUGUGUAUAUAUAAUUUGGCUAAUCACAUAUAUCUUAUCUCACCGUCAUCCUCUUCUUUCUCGCCUCUGAACUCUGACGAAGAAGGAAUCUGAAAAAGGCGAAAAGGUUCGAAAGAGAUGGCGGCGGAGUACAACAAAGUCGACGAAUCCUCCAUUGCUCAAACUCAAGAAAUGGCGGCGGAGUACAACAAAGUCGACGAAUCCUCCAUUGCUCAAACUCAAGAGGCUACCCUGGAAAACAAGUAUGGAGGACUUGUGCCAAAGAAAAAGCCUCUGAUCGCGAAGGAUCCCAAACGUGCUUUCUUUGAUUCAGCAGAUUGGGCUUUGCAAAAGCAAGAUGCUAAUGUGGAUGAGAGAACAAUAGCGGCAAUCGAAAAUUUGAAACCCAAACUGGAGAGAACACCUCACAAGCAACUUCCCCCUAGGGGCCGCACCUUUUUUUGUGGACAAGAGAACAUGACAGAUUCGAACUUUUAAGGUACAAAGGCUUGACGUGGAAAAUGGAACGUGAUUUGGUUUGGUGAGAGAGAGCCUACUCACAUGUUUCAUGUUUCCAUAAACAAAAACAAAAACAAAAACUUUUUAUGCAUAUGCGUACAGUUCUGUUUUGGCUCUUGGAUCCAUAACAUGCUUGUCGUUUCAAUAAUUGUUGUUGUUUCUAUCAUUUUCUUGACAUUGAACCUUUUGGGAUUUAAUUUUCCUUAAAAUAAUCAAAUUAUCUAUUAAAUUUUUGGGGA